AUGGUAGAAGCCUCUACAGAGUUUGAGCCUUCUACUACUCGAGCUAAAGAUCAAGAGGACUCUGACGAUGAUUUUGAUACUGAAGAUUCUACUGCUGGGGAAAAUCCUUUUGGAGCUGUUAUUCAAAAGAUUCGUGACCUCGCAGUUUCCCUUAAGCUUUCUAGUAAGAAGACGCAAGAGUUUCUCGACCUCCAGAAAUCGACUCGCAUUGGCCAGCGACCACUACGCCUCCUCCGCGAUGUUAAGACAAGGUAG